AUGUCGGAAUCACAGUCUUCCAUGAAAGUGACGAAAACUCCGGCGACAGAGUUAGCUUUCACCAACUUAGCUUAUUGCUCUGUCUCGGAUCUCCGUCAGUUCUCUGUUCCCGGAACCGAUCUCUUCCUCGGAAACGUCUCCGACGUCUUCAUUCUCUCCUUCUCAUAUCCUUUUACAAUGCCAUCUUCAAAGAGGAUACAAGAUGGAACUAUUGCUUUGAGUGCUCUUCAACGAAGACAUGCUCGAGUUUCCAUUGAUGAUAUGGUAACUGUGAGAAGAUUUGUUCCUCCUGAGAAUUUUGACCUGACUUUGUUGGCUCUUGAGUUAGAAUUUCUAAAGAAGGGUACUACUAAAAACGAACAGGUUGAUGCUGUGCUUCUUUCAACCCAACUCAAGAAGAAAUUCAUUAAUCAGGUCUUCACAGUAGGACAGAGAGCUACAUUUGAGUAUCAUGGAACUAAUUACAUUUUUACGGUUAACCGAGCGGUGGUUGUAGAGGGUCAAGACCGGUCCGAUGGUAUGGAAAGAGGGAUGAUAUGUAAAGAUACAUAUUUUGUGUUUGAAACAUCAAAUGCAAAUGGCAUAAAGAUUAUCAACCAACGAGACGCUGCUACUAGCAAAAUAUUUAAAGGAAAGGAGUUUAACCUUCAGGCACUUGGUAUUGGUGGCUUAAAAACAGAGUUUGUUGAUAUAUUCCGAAGAGCUUUUGCUUCGCGUAUAUUUCCUCCUCAUGUUAGGAACAGACUUGGAGGAAAACAUGUUAGAGGGAUGCUUCUUUAUGGACCUCCUGGUACCGGAAAGACCUUGAUGGCACGCCAAAUCGGAAAAAUGCUGAAUGGAAAAGAGCCAAAGAUCGUGAAUGGUCCUGAGGUACUAAGCAAGUUUGUCGGUGAGACAGAAAAGAAUGUAAGAGACUUGUUUGCUGAUGCUGAGAAGGACCAGAGAACCCUUGGUGAUGCAAGUGAGCUUCAUGUCAUUAUUUUCGAUGAAAUCGAUGCUAUUUGUAAGGCAAGAGGAUCAAGCAGAGAUGGUACAGGUGUUCAUGACAGUAUUGUUAACCAGCUCCUGACAAAGAUAGAUGGUGUGGAGGCUUUGAACAAUGUUUUACUUAUUGGAAUGACAAAUCGGAAGGAUAUGCUUGAUGAAGCUCUUCUAAGGCCUGGAAGGUUAGAGGUUCAUAUCGAGAUUGGCCUCCCUGAUGAAGCUGGACGUUUUGAAAUUCUUCAGAUUCAUACAAAAAUGAUGAAAGAAAAUUCUUUCCUUGCUCCUGAUGUCAAUCUCCAAGAGCUCGCUGCUCGGACGAAGAAUUACAGUGGAGCUGAGCUUGAAGGAAUUGUGAAAAGUGCAACAUCAUAUGCUUUGAACAGACAUGUGAACAUGGAAGAUCUUACAAAACCUGUGGAUGAAGAGAAUAUCAAAGUUACAAUGGAAGAUUUUCUUCAAGCAUUCCAUGAAGUUAAGCCUGCUUUUGGAGCCUCUCCAAAAGACCUUGAACACUACAGACCUAAGGGAUUUGUGGACUGUGGUGAUCGGCAAAAGCUAAUCUACGAAAGAGUUAUGUUUCUUGUUGAGCAAGUUAAAGUUAACGAAAGAGGUCCUCCAGUCACUUGCCUUCUUCACGGACCUAGUGGAAGUGGUAAAACUGCAUUAGCUGCGACUAUUGGCCUGGACAGUGACUUCCCAUAUGUCAAAAUAGUCUCUGCAGGGACUAUGAAUGGUCUUCACGAGAACAAAAAAUGCGCACACAUUACUAAGGUCUUUGAGGAUGCAUACAAAUCACCACUGAGCAUAGUUAUUCUUGACAGGAUUGAAAGGUUGUUGGACUACACGGAAAUUGGACCGCGAUUUUCGAAUGAAAUUACUCAUACAUUGUUAACUUUUCUCGAACAGUCUCCUCCGGAGGGAAGCAAACUUCUUGUAAUUGGUACAACAAGUGAUGUAAUGUUCUUAAAAGCUGUUGGUUUGCGCCAAGCUUUCUCUGUGACGUACCCUGUUCCAUUACUGAGGACAGAAGAUGCCAAGAAGGUGCUGAAGCAACUAAACGUGUUCGCAGAAGAUGAUAUUGAAGCAGCUUCCGAAGCCCUUCAUGAUAUUCCAAUUAAGCAGCUAUACACUGUUAUUGAAAUGGCAGCGCAAAGAGAUGGCAAGUCUAAAGAGCCAAUCCCCAACAGAAAGGAGAAACUCAACAUUACUCAUUUCUUAGAUUGUCUUGAAGAAGUUACUGAAGACAUCUGA